GAAUUAGUAUCGCCCUUGUUCAACAGAAAACCCUUCAAGAACCUUUCGAAUCUUAUGCUCCCCAACAUGAAGAAGAAGCUAAUAUCGUCAACUAAGUCGUUCACCAGAUCCAUGACUGCUGUUACCAAAUCUUCACAGAGCUUUUUUCUAGGUUCCAAUUCUACUAGCGGCGUUAUAGACGCGAGCCAAAACGAAAACUCCGAUGCUGAAGACAUCCCCAUUUCUCCUACCCAGCUGAGAAACAGGUCAAUUAGAAGAAUCCACUCCAUGUGCCAAACCACAAAAGAGAAGGAGUGCUACAAGAUGGAAGACAACUCCCAUUUGAAAAAUACAACCAUCAGUACUUUCUCAGUGACAAACGACUUGCUUCCUAGAAUUGAUGAAGACGAAUUGUACAAAAUCGUAAAUGGCCAAUACAACCAUUUCUUUGAUGAGUUCAUCAUUGUAGACUGUCGCUUCAACUACGAGUACGAAGGUGGCCACAUCGUAGACGCCAUCAACAUUUCCACUAAACAGGGCUUGGAAAGCAAGUUCAUGGAGUCUGAUGAGUUUAGCGACAAGUUCAAGAAAAGACUUGUAGUGUUCCAUUGUGAAUUCAGCGUCUUUCGUGGUCCCACAAUGGCCAGCCACUUAAGACGUGUAGAUAGGCGCGUCAAUAGCGAUCGGUAUCCCUACUUGAAGUACCCUGAUAUUGUGGUUCUAGAAGGCGGGUACAAUCUGUUCUUCUCCAAAUAUGAACAAAGUUGUUUUCCUCGUGGUUAUGUCAAGAUGAAAGACGUUAACCACGAAAAGAAUUGCGAAAACGAGAUGCACAGAGUCAGACAGGAGAGCAAGCUUCCACGAGCUAAGUCAAUCCAGUUUGACAACGAGCCCUCGGAUCCUUCUUUGCCUGAAUUCUACCAUAUGAGGUCUCAUUCGUAUACAACCACUAGUGGAGAGAAGAUCUUGAAACGGCAAAGAUCCAAUUCAAAAGUUAAGACUCUUGCCCUUCCUAGUUCCAGCAGUGGACUAAGGUUAGCUAGAGCUUCCACUUUUUCGUACGACCAAUCGAUCUUUGCUACUCCUAACGAUCUGUCUUCACCUGUUUCCUCUAACCAUGGCUUUCAGUCGUCUCUGUCAAUCUUUGUAGACCAAGAUUUCCAGCCUCCUUCGACGUCGUUCAGAUCUGGAGGGCACAGAAAGUCAUGUUCUACUAAUCUUUCGUCUUCUUCAGCUUCUAUUAGCUCAUCAUUAUCGUCGAUUUGUUCUUCUGACGCUGCCUUCUCUUCUGUGGAGUCGCUUCCAGACUCUUUUUCCUCGCCUGUGGUUGAAUACAAUGAGUUCUUUGAUAUCAAGUCUUCCAACUUAACCAAUUACAUGAGAAGAAUGAGCACGGCUUCGACGCCUGCUUCGUCCACCUCUUCUACUAAUUCUUCCAGCAUUAAUAAUAGCAUCAACACCAACAACACCAACAAAACCAACACAAACUCUAACGCAACCAUCAAUGCUACUAAGACAGCAGCCAAAAAGCCCAGUGGUUCGGUUCCUGCAUUGCCUAUCAAAGCAUCUCUCUCCAGCACUAAUAUCAUCAUUCAUCAGAACACUGUCAAUGUUCCCAUUACAGCAUUCAAGUUCCCUAGUAACAUCAAACCAAAAAACAACUCCCGUCACAGUCUCAAUAGACUCUCAACAGGCUGUAGCGUCUCUACCAGCAAGGCCAUCACCACAACUCCCUUAUUAUUGCAUUCGUCUCCUGUCAUCAGCUCACCACUAUCUACGGCUACGCCUGUUUCAACAAUCGACUCCAAUGCGCAACAUACCUCAUCCAUCAUUGACCCCAUCAAUGAUACGCCCGUAGAUUUCUCGGUGCCUUUCUUCUCCAAAACAAUUGGAGGAAGACACAUAAAUCACGUCAGAAAAAGAUCAGGAUCUUUGCUUUUGUCUGCUGGAGGACUCUACAAUGUCUCUUCAGAUAUAGAUGAAGUUGACGAAGAACAGGACGAUUUAAAUCGUUCACGUUCGAAA